GCACGGGGACCGAAAGUUGCGUUGCAACUUAUGCGGCCACCUGUUUCAGGGGGGUCGUCGAAGGCCGCGCGUCAUUUCACGCAGUCGAAGUUCUGCAAGGCUAGGGGGAUGAGAGUUCUCGCGGAACUCUGGAACGGCACGGACUACACAUUUAUGCCGUCCACUGCUCAGCGGGUGCAGAGGUGGAUGGCAGACAAGGGCAUACGGGACACGAGAGCGCCCACGGGUGGCCAGAGACAGUCGAUGGACGACGCAGAGAGGGACGACAUUCAGGACGCCCUUGAUGAGGAGGAGGCUCAGGAGAGCCGCAAGGGUGGGGCCAGGGAGGGGGCGGUUGCAGACGAGGCAGACGAGGCAGUCAGAGAGCCUAACCUACCGGGGGAGGAGGUGGUGAUGACGUCGAGAGGCGUCGGUGGAGCGGGUCCUGCUACUAGGGCGCCGCGAGAUGAGCUGGACCGCGCAAGGAGGGAGAAGAGGACAGUGGGGCAGGCUGGCGUCGAGGUGCCAGACACGGGCAGGGAGAAGAGGGCUCGGCAGACCACGAUUGUCGAGAUGUACGCCAGGGAGAAGUUGGCCGAGUUCCAUGACGCGUGGCUUCAGUGGAUCUACGUGAAGAAGUUGCCAUUCAACGCCUUCCAUGGUCCUGAGUUCCAGAGGGUGCGGCAGGCAGCAGAGAGAGUGCCUCGCUCUAUCCAGUUCCGGUUUCCCUCCUUCAGGGUUACAGCGGGGGCCGGUAUCCCUUCGCAGAGGGCGAAGGUGGCGACGAUGGUGAGCGAGGUGCACACCACUUUCCGGCACAGCGGUGCCACUAUCCUUUCCGAUAGGAGGAAGUCGCGCAGCGGCAAGCUGCUCGUGAACUUCCUGGCAGGGGGCGCCAAUGGCGCCCUGCUGUAUGCCACCGUCGCACGUGAUGGGUCGGUCCGAGACACAGCGGACGUCGUGUACUGUAGAUGGCGGGCCAUCAUCUUGUCCUUUCUUGCAAAGGACGUGAUCGGCUUCUGCACAGACUCCGCCAGUAACUAUACAGCGGCAGCGCGCAGGUUCGCCACAGACCCCGAGCCUGACAUCAGGAGGAUCACUUGGCUCCCCUGCUCCACCCAUGUCUGCAACUUGAUGUUGUCAGAUAUCGGGACGCAAGUGGUGUGGGUCAAGGAGACCAUCAUCUGCGCUCGAGCGUUUGUGCGAUUUAUUAAAUCGCACGGCGCUGCUCACGCCCUGUUUAGGAAGAUGAGCCCUCGCCUUCAGCUCGUCGAGCCCGUUGAGACACGGUUUGCAUCGGUUUUCCUGAUGCUGACGUGUCUCAAAGGCCGACGAGACGUGUUGGAGAGCAUGUUGCACGGGGAUGCUUGGGCACGCAUCCCAUGGGAUCACGCCCACGCAUCUCAGGCGCAGUGGGUGCAGCAGCAGAUCCGGGACGGGGAGUUUUGGCAGCGUGUCCAUUACGCCAUGCUAGUCAUGUCGCCCGUCCACCAACUGUUGCGCAGGAUGGAUAGAGGUGGGAUGAUGAUGUCCGUCGUUUACGAGUGGAGUCAACAUCUGCUGCAGUUGAUGAGGAGGGUCAACGUGUCUGAGGACAUGAUCGAUCCGCACGUGCGUGAGGUUGCCAUCCGCAACCUCCACAUGCUAGAGCCCGCACAUGCCGCGGCCCACCUCCUCAACCCUCGCCGACGGUCCCUCACGUAUUACCAUUCGCUGCAGACGACCGUCGAGGACCGCCUUGUGGUCGAGGAGUGCGACAGAUUUCUCCUAGCGCAGACCGGCGGCAAUCCAGUCGGGUUAUUGUACAGGACCGUGAGGGACCAGAUGAGGGCGUUCCACUCGAGGCGAGGGGAUUGGGGAGAUCGUGACCUCUCCGAUGCCGAGGCGGCAGAUUGCAGGGGGGACAGCGAGACUGAGCGAUGUGCAGCGUGGUGGUUCGAGCAUGGACAUGCCCACCCGGAGUUGCGCACCAUCGCCAUCCGUGUCAUGCACUUGUGGACGUCUCCCUCUCCAGGGGAGAGGAACUGGGCGGAGCACGAGCGCGUCAGCACGGCGAGGCGCUGCAAGCUUGGGUUCGCCAAGCUUGCACAGCUGGUUGAGAUUGCCACCAAUCUCAAACUGGCCUCGUGCGCAYGACAGGGUGGUGGCUACGUGUUGCCAUGGGUUAUGGGGAGCGGUCGGGGGGGGGCGGCGGCAGAGGAGGAGGAUGAGGAGGGAGAUGUGGAGCCCGAGGUGUGGGGAGCGCGAACUGAUGGCAGUGUUUCCGAGCAGGAGAUUAAGCGGCAGAUUGUCGCUUUCCGUGACGGCCGACCGUCCAGAGCCCGUUCGGUUCGGGACGUGUUCGGCAGCAGAGCGACGGAGCUGCGACCGUGGCCGGAGGGUGGGGAUGAUGUGGACGCUGCUGCGGCAGACGACGACAUCGACGACGACUGGACUGACGAUGAUGACACGCCGCUGAGUCGCGACCCGACGGCUAAGCGAGUGUACUUCACUUAUGGUGGGGGUCGUGACGGCACAGAUUCAUUCACAUCAGUUAUCACUGGUGCUGUGCCGUCGACCACGCCGGCGAGUGGCAGCAGCAGAGCUGGCGAUGGUCAUGGAGGACGUUCGCAUGCGAAGGUUCGAGUGGACGACUCGGAGGAGCAGCAACCACGGGGAGGUCUUCGGCACAUAGGCAGGCGUUGGGAGGUUAGGAGCGACUGCGAGGCGGAGGGGGAGGACGAGGAUGAGGAGGUGCACCUUCGCGAUCGUCGCUUCUCUCCCUCCCAUCAUCCGAUCUCUGCACAGCCCGAGGGGGAGCCACUUAGGCGUUCGGAGAGGUUGGCGUCGGCAGCAGGCAGAGACCGGACACAUGACGGCGAGGAUCACGGGGGGGAGAGGACUCCUUCCGACGCGGUAUCCACCGCCGUUCGCCGUUGUUGCUCCACACACAACUUCGAGGACAUAGGGCUUGGCGGGAGCUUGGGAGAUUUGAGUGUCGAGGGACGUCGACGUGCCUCACCGCAGGAUGUGCGCACAGACGCGGAUGUUGAGCGGGGCCCUGUUGAGACUGAGGAGGAGAGGGAUGCCCGUUUGGACCGAGAGGAGGAGGAGCGGCUGAGUAGUUUGCCAAAGUGGGAGGGAGGGGAGGGGAGCCGUGACGUCGAUGACUCGGGUGUCCCUGAGGAGGCGGUUCAGGGCGAGUUCGAUUAUGAGGGGCAUGAUGCCACCGCGGGUGUCCCUGAGGGGCAGGAUGUUGUCAUGGGCGGCGGGUCCCCUAGUGGGGGCCGUGGCGACAGCGAGACCGCGGGUGAUGAGGGACAGGGUGCCGAAGUGUGUGACAGAGGAGAGGGUGGACCCGGUGGAGAUGGGGAUGCCGCGGGUGCCGGUGGAGACAAUGGACUGGACGGCGACGAUGACGACGACCACGGUCCGGAGGACGAUCCAGAUAGGCUCGCCUUGGUGUUGAGGGACCCCACAGUGCCUCCCAUGCGCCCUGACAGCACAACACACACUUUCUUCGACGCCGACGCUUUGGCGCAUGCAUUGACGGAUGACCAUUUCGCACACAUGGGCCACAAGAGCGGAAAGCAGCGGGCCCCUGGGAGGGCAUAUUCACCGCCGCCGUUCACAGUGGUGAGCCCUCACUGGUCGGGUUCGUCACUCAGUGGCGUUAGAGGUAGGGAGUCUGGUGCGGGUGAGGUGGGGUCCGGCAGACGCAGCGACGGCGGCAGAGAUAGUGCAGGAUCGAUGCCUCCACCGCCCGCACGGACUUCGGAGGGCAGGGUCGACACCGGGGACCGGACGGUGGCACCCGGAGUUGCGCACAGUGGCGGUUCCCCGCCGCCAGUCCGAGGAGGUGUGGGUGGCGGAUGGUCAGCUGCUCGUCGGGUCGGGGACCGGUUGCGGGCGGAUUACGACGCCGGGAGGGGCGUCUUCACGGGACGUGCGCCUGCUCAGACGCCGGCUGGGAAGGGCAGGUCCGGACGUCCGAGCCUGCAGAUGGCAGGCCGCAUGCUUGGUUUGUCACGAGCGGAGACGAGGAGGACAUUUGUCCUGGAGGCCCCAGGGACAUCCACGGACAGACUGCAGGAAGAGCAGUUCACAUCGGGCGAGGAGGGGUUGUUGAUGCGUCCUGGGACGAGAUGACAGCAUGGCCUCUCAGAGGUUGAGGCUCGACUCGCUGCAGAGAUCGCCGCUGGGCAGGCAGCGUUGGACGC